UUAAAACCAAGUUUUUUUCGCAGAAAAGUGACUGCAAGGGUCGUUGAAGACAAUGGCUCCACACCCACCUUUCAAGCAAUCUGCAAUAACUCCCUUGCCUCUUCCUUCGUCUUUCAUCCAAUUUUCUUCACCAGAAAACAUGUUCAAUCCCACCAAACAACACCCCGAAUCUUUUAUCAGUUUGUCGGAUCACUUAAGAUUAAGUGAUGGUUAUGACAGUUGUGACGAUCACGCCAUGGCAGGAGGAGGUACGGUGUACGAUGAAUCUGGGAUUUGCAGUCCUCCUUUGUGGAAAACUACUCCUCGACGCGAGAUGACCAUCGAUUACCGAUGCUUGUCGCCGUCGUCGAGAACUCAAGCCAUAGCUAGAGGCCAAAGGGAGCUCAUGGAAAUGGUUAGUAAAAUGCCCGAGUCUUGUUAUGAGCUUACGCUGAAAGAUCUCGUGGAACAUCGGGCUGUAGUUGAUGAUCAGAAGCAGGAGAGUUUUGGUUCGAAUUCGAUGGAGAAUCAUAAGUACAAGAAGGAGAGGCAGAACAGUCAGAAACAGAAGAUUCAUAGGAGUGGAAGCUUGGAUAAUGGAGGGCUUCUUUUGAAAAUGGUGUUUCCAUUUUCCUUGGGGUCUAAGAAAAAGAAGAAGAUGGUGAAGAAGAAGAAUGAUUGCAACAUAAGUAAUAAUUCUGAAGUAUCCCCAAAAAUAACUGUAGCAGAUGUAUCUGAUAACGAUUGGUGGAAGAAUAGAUCGGGUUCAAGCGAGAGCGAUGGCGGCGUAUCGACUAUAAACAGUGGAAACAGCAGUGUCUUUUCAAGCAAGACUGCAUCUUUUGCAGCAGUAAAGUUGAAAUGCUUGUUCUUUUGUUCAAAAUGCAGGCAUAGGAUGAAGGGUUGCUUGGCAUUCAUCUUCUCCAGGAAAACCAAAGCAUCAAGGUGAAAGGGGAAAGCUUCAAAGUUGAGCCAUCUUUAAAAAUGGCGUUUCAACGAGUUAUCAUUUCAAUAACGUUAAAUGUUUAGGUUUGGCUGCAUACAAGAGAUUGUCACAGCAGAGAAUUGCAGCUGUCUGUUUAACAUUCAGAGAUUCUAAUUAAAGUGUGUCGUCGUUUUUCUUUGUUUUGUU